AUGAUGCACGGGGAGGAUGAUGACGGCACGUUUCAUCCCCCUGUGUGGCAUGUGGCGCGGUGUUCUCCCACCCGAGCAGCUCGCGACAGCCAGCUCCAGGCCCACAUGCCCGCAAGAGGCUGCCCAAGCCCCCAGCUGGGGCAGUUGUCUCUGCAGGAGCUCCACAUCAGCCUGCCUCCCGUGGUGGGGCAGUUCAAGCCCGGGCGGCUGGACCAGAGCGGCUGCUCCAACUAUGACACCCCCAAUUGGGUCAACACGGGCCAGCCGCCCGCCCGGGUGGACGAGACCCCCGAGGACCCCACUCGCGACAAGACCAACAUGAUCGUCUAUAUCAUCUGCGGCGUGGUGGCCAUCAUGGUGCUGGUGGGCAUCUUCACGAAGCUGGGCCUGGAGAAGUCACAGGGUCCCCAGACGGAGAUGACCGUCUCCAGGACGCUGACAGACCUGCUGAAACAGCCAGGCCAUGGCCCCUCCGAGCACAUGGACAGCCUCAUGGGGGGCGUGCAGGUCCCACUGGGCGAGGGGCUGGCCCGGGGGCCCCCCAGGAACGGCACAGGUAAGGCGCUGACACGGUGGGGAAAAAUAAGUUCCCUUGGGUGA